UGUGUGUGUGUGUGUGUGUGUGUGUGUGUGUGUGUGUGUCAGAGUGUUACCGUUGCUGUCCAUUCCUGAAUGUAGACACGUCCCGUGGCCGAUGGAGGGUCUGGUCUAACUUCAGAAGAGCUUGUUUCUCUAUUGUGCAGCACAAAUGCUUUGAUAUCAUCAUCUUCUUCAUCAUCCUGCUGAGCAGUGUAGCUCUGGCAUUUGAGGACAUUCACCUGCAGCACCGUCAGGUGUUGAAGACGGUUUUGGUCAGAGCGGAUCAGGUGUUCACCUGCCUUUUCCUCAUGGAGAUGAUUCUCAAGUGGAUCGCCGUCGGACUCAAGAAAUACUUCAGCGACACCUGGAGCUGGAUUGACUUCCUCAUUUUACAGUUGUUCCUGGUGUCUAUAGCUGCCGACACAUUUGGAUUCUCUGAACUGGGAGUCUUUCAGUCUUUGAGGACUUUGAGAGCUUUGGGGCUUCUGAGGGCCAUUUCUCGCAUCCAGGGCCUGAGGGUGGUGGUGCAGGCUCUGGUCCGGACUGUCCCGUCCAUGUUGGACUUCAUGCUGGUGGUUCUGGUCUUCUGGAUGGUCUUCAGCAUCCUGGGAGUGAAUCUGUUUGCUGGAAAGUUUUAUUACUGUUACAAUGAGACGGCAGAGGAAAUCUUUUUACCUGAGGUUGUGAACAACAAGUCGGAGUGUUUCUAUCUGAUGAUGGAGAACUUCACUGAGGUCCGCUGGAAGAACACACACUUAAACUACGACGACGUGUUGAACGGUUACCUGUCGCUGCUGCACCUGGUCAGUCUGAACACUCGUAGUCUGAACGCUCGUAGUCUGAACGCUCGUAGUCUGAUC